UCGCUGCGGGGCGAAGCGAGGACCGAUCCCGUUCGGUCCCGUUCGGCUCCGUUCGGUCCCGCUCGGCUCCGUUCGGUCCCGCUCGGCCAUGGCGAGGCGGGUGGCGGCCCCCGCCGGGCCCCUCGGGGAUGAUUUCUCCUUCGUGAGCCCGGUGGCCAAGUACGUGCUCUUCUUCUUCAACCUGCUCUUCUGGGUGAUCUCCAUGGUGAUGGUGGCCGUGGGGGUCUAUGCCCGGCUGCUGAAGCACGCAGAGGCGGCCAUGGCGUGCCUGGCAGUGGACCCUGCCAUCCUCCUCAUCAUGGUGGGCGUCCUCACCUUCCUCAUCACCUUCUGUGGCUGCGUGGGUUCCCUGCGGGAGAACAUCUGCCUGCUGCAGCUGUUCUCUGUCUGCCUGACCAUCAUCUUCCUCCUGCAGCUGGCGGCCGGCGUGCUGGGCUUUGUUUUCUCUGAUGAGGCACGCGGGAAGGUCAGCGAGAUCAUCAACGGGGCCAUCGUGCAUUACCGGGAUGACCUGGACCUGCAGAACCUCAUCGAUUUUGGGCAGAAGGAGUUCAGCUGCUGUGGGGGUGUCUCCUACAAGGACUGGUCCCAGAACAUGUACUUCAACUGCACGGCCACCAACCCCAGCCGGGAGCGCUGCUCCGUGCCCUUCUCCUGCUGCCUGCACGACCCUGAGCAGGCUGUCAUCAACACCAUGUGUGGCUACGGGAUGCAGGCCAGGGGCUACCUGGAGGCCAGUGCCUUCAUCCACACCAACGGCUGCAUCGACAAGCUGGUGAACUGGACCCACAGCAACCUGUUCCUGCUGGGGGGCAUCACCCUGGGGCUGGCCCUGCCCCAGCUGGUGGGCAUCGUCCUGGCUCAGCUCCUCAUCAACCAAAUCCGCGACCAGAUCAAGCUGCAGCUCUACAACCAGCAGCACCGGGCAGACCCCUGGUACUGAGCCGGGGUGUCCGGGCCAUUCCCAAAUCCCGGAUCCGCGGGGAGAGCCCGAGGGGCUCCGCUGGGGAAGAAGAGGGAAUGUGGAAGCUCCGUGCCUUUGGCUGGAGCAGCGCCGGGGAAUCGCUGUCUGUCCGUCUGUGCACGGGGAUGUGCCUCCCCUCUCCGCUGGAGAAGGAUUUUUGUCUGUCUGUGUGUCCGUCUGUCUGCACCGAGCUGCCUUUGCCCAGGCCGCGCCGCGGGACUGCCGACAUUCCCCUCACGGCCGGGUGUCCGACAUUCCCCUCACGGCCGAGUGUCCGACA